AUGUCCUCACUUGUUCCCGAGCAUGUGCUCAAGCAAGUACAGACAUUCCGUUUGUCUUCGCUUGUUCCCGAACAUGUGCUCAAGCAAGUACCAGGUUUGCCCGGAUACUCUGACGGUCAUGAAUAUGAAAGACUAGCGAAUGGACAACAUGACGAAGAUUCGCCCCAGCGCGCAACAAAGUACAAUUACAAGAUAUAUGCUUCCAUCAUUUGCGCCCUUUUUGUCACGUUUUUAGCCUUCAAAGGUGCAGUCAAUACUCACAUCUCCAUCUCUACUAUGCCAAACACCAGCUCACCCACAAUAGCCAUACCUAAGUACAUGCCAGAGGAACAAAUCAACACCACCGAAAGCCAAUUGCAACAGAUCAACGCUACCAAAAGCAAUCUAGAUCAGAUUGUGGACAUCCCAAAAGAAACCAAGGCCCUAGUGGUAUCUGCACGAUCACGAGAUGUCAUCCAUUGGAUGGAGGAUGUCCAAGAAGACUGGAUCCAAUACCCAUACCUCGUCACUGAAGACACCAACCCCAACAGCACCCUCUCCGUACCCGCAAACGACGGGAAUGAAGCGAUGCGCUACUUCUCCUUCAUUAUUGACAACUACGACUCUCUUCCAGACAUCAUCGCUUUCCGCCACGGCCACAACACGACCUGGCAUCAACGCUUCGAUUCCGCGGCCGAAGUCAAUCACCUGAACCUCACCACUGUCCGCUUGCGCGGAUACCAAAAUUUCAACUGUGAACUGAGGGUUCUUGGCUGUGACCAACAUAUAUACCUCGCCGAUAAGCAACGCGCGGAAAACGCCACCAACGACGAAUCUAACGGGCGGCUCUCUACUCGUUCGGACCCUCCAGUCGAUGAAGCCAUAUACCAGAACUGGGACGCUUGGUUCGGCGUCCCCAUGCCUGAAGACGUAACCUCAGCAUGCUGCGCGCAAUUCGCAGUAUCGAAGGAAGCUGUGUAUCGCAGGACAAAGGAAAAAUAUAUGGAAUACCGGCAGUGGUUGCUCAGUACUAAUUUGGAGAGUCGUCAUUCGGGGAUGGUUUUUGAGAGGCUGUGGCAUGUUGUCUUCGGCAUGGCUCCUGUGGUGUGUGGGUCGGACGAACAGUGCUAUUGUGAUGUUUAUACAACCCCACUUUCUGGCACCUGUCCACCAUGA